CAGGUACUGUAAAAGCUCAUCAGAGAAGAGAGAACACUGAAGAGGGAGGAGAAAGAGGCCUCUAUGAGUUCUUUAUAUCUUUGUUUCCCAUACGAUUUUCUCUCUCUAUGACUUCGAUCAUGAUGAGACAAUGGACCUUCUCUUUCUCGCACUAACCCAACUUACCACACCAUGUUCAGAAGAAGACCAUUUGUCCAUCUCUUUCUCACUCGUCCAUCAUCACAACCAUGUAAUUACCAGCAAAGGUUUUCUCUUGUAAACAUAAAGCUGAAAUGGGUAAAAGACCCAGUUCUUGACACAGUGGUCGCCAUGGAGAAGGACCUCAAAGCUGUGUGCGAGCUCAAGGACAUGAUUUGCAGGCACGCCGAUGGCUGCUUGCCCAUCUACCAACUCUCGAAGAGGCGCAGGCAAAUGGGUAUCGAAAUUAGGGUUUCGAGGUUCAUGAGAAGGUACCCCACCAUCUUCCAUGAAUUCAUUCGCCAUCAAAAUGGGUGCCCACUCCACUGUUUCAAGCUGACCCAAGAGGCUCGGUGCCUGCACGAGGAGGAACAGAGAUGCCAAGAGGUUAGUGAGGAAGGCACAGUACAGAGGCUCUGCAAAUUGCUCAUGCUCACAAAGAAAAGGAUUCUCCCUCUCCAAACCAUUGAUCAGCUGAAAUGGGACAUGGGUUUGUUCCGGGACUACGACCUCAGCUUAAUACCCAGGUACCCCCAACUCUUCCAAUUCGUUAAGCUCGAAGAUGAUCGAAUUGGGCUCGAGCUUUCACAUUGGGAUUGCAGGCUCGCAGUCUCACAGUUGGAGAGGAAUUGUGGCGAGAGGUGUUCCGAAGGGGAUACGAGGGCUUUGGCUUUCCCUAUAAAAUUUACUCGGGGAUUCGGUCUCAGAAAGAAAUGCAUGGAUUGGUUGAGAGAGUGGCAGAGGCUUCCCUACACUUCGCCUUAUGUUGAUGCAUCGCAUCUCAAUCCGAGAACAGAUGAGUCUGAGAAGAGAAUUGUUGGGGUAUUCCAUGAACUGCUUUACCUCACAAUCGGGAGGAAGACGGAAAGGAAGAAUUUGAGCAAUCUGAGAAAGCCAUUGGGGCUCCCUCAAAAAUUCACCAAGGUUUUCGAGAGGCACCCGGGCAUAUUUUAUAUUUCUCAGAAGAGUGACACACACACUGUAAUUCUCAGAGAAGCCUUUGAUGCCCACCAAUUAAUUGAGAAGCACCCACUUGUUGGAAUUAGAGAGAAGUAUAUAGAAAUGAUGAAGACUGGGUUUUUGAAUAAGAGCAGAGGGUUGUAUAAGAAGGAACUGAGAGAUGGACAUUGGUAUGAUCAGGGGUUAGUGGAAAUGGAGGCUAAUCAGGAAGAAACCAUGGAUGCUUUUUCUGAAUGAUUUGUUAUCAUCGGUUUCUAUGAUAUGUUAUGUAGACAUGGUUACUUACGAUAGCAUCUGAUACAAAUAUGAGCGAUAU